AUGGAGCCCUCGAGCAAGAUGGAGUUCUUCCAGAAGCUGGGCUACGGCCAGGAGGACGUGGUCAGGGUGCUGGGCAAGCUGGGUGAGGAUGCCCUGGUCAACGACGUGCUCCAGGAGCUCAUCCAGACUGGCAGCCGCCCCGUGGCCCAGGAGCGACCGGCAGGGGGCGCCGCUGCACCCCUGCUCAUCCCUCGGGGGUCUUGUGGCCCACGGGACUCGGUCCAGUGCCGGCCGGGGACAGACCCUGAAGAGGAGUGUGGAGGCCUGGCCAGUGCCUUGAGACCCAUAGUGAUUGACGGCAGCAAUGUGGCCAUGAGCCAUGGAAAUAAAGAAGUCUUCUCUUGCCGGGGAAUCCAGCUGGCUGUGAACUGGUUCAGGGGCAGAGGACACACUUCCAUCAAGGUUUUUGUCCCAUCCUGGAGGAAGGAACCAUCGAGAUCUGAUACCCCCAUUAGAGAGCGGCACGUGCUGGAGGAGCUGGAGCGGCAGGCGGUGCUGGUGUACACCCCGUCCCGCAGGGUGAGCGGCAGGCGGGUGGUUUGCUACGAUGACCGCUACAUCGUGAAGGUGGCCUACGAGCAGGACGGAGUCAUCGUCUCCAACGACAACUACCGAGACCUGCAGAAUGAGAACCCCGAGUGGAAGUGGUUCAUCGAGCAGAGGCUGCUCAUGUUCUCCUUCGUCAAUGACAGGUUCAUGCCUCCUGAUGACCCCCUAGGCCGCCGUGGACCCACCCUGAGCAACUUUCUGAGCCGGAAGCCUAAGCCUCCAGCGCCAUCCUGGCAGCAUUGUCCCUACGGCAAGAAGUGCACGUACGGCGUCAAGUGCAAGUUCUACCACCCGGAGCGGCCGCAGCGCACGCAGCUGGCGGUGGCCGACGAGCUGCGCGCACAAACCCUGGCCUGUGUCAGCGACGACCUAGGGCUGCUCGAGGUGCACUGCCCCGGCCCGGGCUGCGGCCCGGCGCCCGGGCUGCGCCGUCCCGACUGGGCGCCCCCUGGCGGUCUGGUCUCCAGCACCGCUGCGUCCCCGCGGGCAGGACCUCCGUGCCCCGGGGCACCCAGGCCUGCGCUGCGCAGCCUCUCGAGCCCCCAGGGCCCGCUGGCCCCUGGCGACCACCCACCACUCGUGGUCCCUCAGGGUGGCUUCUGUCCCACGGACCUGCAGAGUGACCUGCUUCCCCCUCUCAAGCAGCUCAAGGAGUCGUGGGUCCUCCCCCAAGCGUUCGAUGAGUAUCUGGGCCGCUCGGUUUGGGCCGAGUCAGGCUGGGGCGACGGCACCUUUGCAGGACCCUCUGAGUACGCGACACCGUCUGCCGACUGUGUGUUGGACCCUCGCACUCAGGCGCGCACGGCGCUCUGCGGCAUCUUCCCGCCGGAGCAGGUGGACCGCGUCAUGGCCUUGUUCCCCUCCCAGUCCGACAUCACCAGGCUCAUCCUUCUCAUUCAGAGAUACCAACGGGCUGAGGCGCCGCUGGGAAACCCCUAA